AUGAGUGGGCGAGUAAGUGUGAGUGUGAGUGUGAUCUCGGGCCAGCAGUUAUUGAGCGGCGGCGGCGGCACGGAUCGCUAUGCCUACAUCUGUGCCUCUCCGCGCCACGGCCCCUUCUCGCACUCCAGGGGUGGUCUAAUACUUGCUGCAAACUCAGAAGGCGAGAGGGAGAGAGCGAGAGAGAGGCGCGCAGAAAGCAAGCUCUCCGAAAAAAAAAUAUAUAAAGCAUUAAAGAAAAAAGAAAAAAAAGCCUCAGAAAUAGAAGACGAGAGAGGAGAAGGAACCAAUAUAUAUAUAUUUGCAAAGAAAGAAAAAAAACUCUCCCGCGAGAAGAUUGAAAGCUGGAUUGAGCCCAUUAAAGGAUUAAAGGAACAAACUGCUUGCAGGAAGACAGGCGGACAGGCAGUCAUGUUAGAGUGGGCGCUGGCGGUGCUGGGCUUUGCGGGACUCGUGUGCGGCCAGAAUGAGACGGAGCCCAUCAUCCUGGAGGGCAAAUGUCUGGUGGUCUGUGACUCCAACCCCACCUCGGACCCUACAGGGACUGCUCUGGGCAUCUCGGUGCGCUCCGGCAGCGCUAAGGUGGCGUUCUCUGUCAUCCGGAGCACCAAUCACGAACCCUCCGAGAUGAGCAACCGGACUAUGAUCAUUUAUUUUGACAAU